AGGGAGCAGCAUCGUGUCUAUGUAGACUCGUCCGAAGAGGCAGGCGGGGAGCGCGACCGUCGGGGGCAACAGGACCUUGCGGACUUGACGGGUCUGGCAAAUGUGGCACGUCCUAACGUACCAAGUUACGUCGUCUCUCAUCGAGGGCCACCAGAAGCGCUCCCCGAUGGCUUGCAGAGUCGCGAACCUUCCGCGAUGACCGAGCGUGUUGUG